GAGGAGGCGGGAAGGCGGCAGUGGUUGAAGGGGCUAAGGUUCGAGUGAGUGGGCAGCGAUGGUGAUGGCGGCGAAGAAGGGCCCAGGCCCCGGUGGCGGGGUCGGCGGGGGGAAGGCAGAGGCAGAGGUGGCCUCGGAGGUGUGGUGUCGCCGGGUGCGAGAGCUGGGCGGCUGCAGCCAGGCCGGGAACCGCCACUGCUUCGAGUGCGCCCAGCGAGGGGUCACCUACGUGGAUAUCACCGUGGGCAGCUUCGUCUGCACCACCUGCUCCGGCCUCCUGCGAGGCCUGAACCCCCCUCAUCGAGUCAAGUCCAUCUCCAUGACAACUUUCACUGAGCCUGAAGUAAUAUUCCUUCAAUCUCGUGGAAAUGAGGUUUGCAGGAAGAUCUGGCUGGGUCUUUUUGAUGCCCGGACAUCUUUAGUACCAGAUUCCAGGGAUCCUCAGAAGGUGAAGGAGUUUCUCCAGGAAAAAUAUGAGAAGAAGAGAUGGUAUGUCCCCCCAGACCAAGUAAAGGGGCCCACUUAUACCAAAGGCAGUGCCUCCGCCCCUGUUCAGGGCUCCGUCCCAGAAGGGAAGCCCCUGCGGACACUUCUGGGUGAUCCUGUGCCAUCUCUAUCGGCUGCUGCCUCCGCCUCUAACCAGUCUGUCAGUCAGUCUCAGGCUCGGAUAGCCCAGCCCCGGAGCUCCCAGGCACCUCCCCACUCCUCUGUCAAGAAGGCCAGUACUGACCUGCUGGCAGACAUCGGUGGAGACCCGUUUGCUGCUCCCCAGGCGGCACCGGCUUUUGCUGCAUUCCCAGCCUUUGCGGGCCAGACACCUUCCCAUGGGGGCUUUGCCAACUUUGAUGCCUUUGGCAGUAGCCCCAGCUCUUCUACAUUUGGAAAUAUUCCUCCAGCUGGCCAAGCCCCAUUCCAGGCCCAGCCAACACCCACAGGGAGCAGCCAGGUGACUCCAUUUGGUGUCUCUCCUCUUGCGCCUGCCAGCCAGCCUAACAGCCUCACAGACAUGAGCAGCAUCCUGGGACCCGGGGUGUCAGCUGGAGGUAUCCCUCCUCACAGUGUCUUUGGGAUGGCUGGCCCAGUCCCCGCACUCCAGUCUGCCACAACUGGCGGCAGUGGCGGCACAGGAUUUGCCUUUGGAGCUUUCACCAACCCUUUCACAGCACCUGCUGCUCGCCCCCCGCUGCUUUCCACUAACCCCUUCCAGCCCAAUGGCUUGGCUGCAGGGCCUGGCUUUGGGAUGAGCAGUGCUGGGCCUGGCUUCCCCCAGACAGUGCCACCGACAGGAGGCUUUGCCAGCACCUUCCCACCACCUCUGUUCCCCCCACAGACCUCGGUGACUCAGCAGCAGAAUGGCUCUUCCUUCAGGGACUUGGGAUCAGCCAAGCCAGGGCAGAGGCCGCUAGGCCAGCCCUCUGGGAUCUCCACCAACCCGUUCAUGACUGGAUCAUCAUCAAGCCCAUUUGCCUCCAAACCUCCAACCACCAACCCAUUCUUGUAG